UUGGCGCCAAUUUACUCACCAAACUUGCGUGACCAACCGAGUAACUAACCAUCAUCAAAUUGAAUGGCAUAAAAAUUUAAAAAAUAACGGCUUCUGAGCGAACUUCGAGCACCCUAACUGCGUAGUGGUGAACCAUGUUCAUCCCUAACCAAAACAGAUUCCGCCUAUAAAUAUCACACCUUAGCUCUCGUUAUCUCCCGCACAUUCAUUUUCGACUCAAAAUUUUAAUUAACAAAGUGACCGAGAGUUCUCUUCUUCUCUACACCUUUUUCACUGAGUUUGUGACUCUCAUAUUCAACUACCAAUCUACCAUGGUUGUUGCACAGAAACUGAAAGAAGCUGAAAUCACUGAGCAGGAUUCUCUUCUUCUGACGAGGAACCUGCUCCGAAUUGCCAUAUUCAACAUCAGUUAUAUCAGAGGACUAUUUCCUGAGAAGUACUUCAACGACAAAACUGUUCCUGCAUUAGAGAUGAAGAUCAAAAAGCUUUUGCCGGUGGAUGCUGAGUCUCGCAGACUCAUUGAUUGGAUGGAGAAAGGUGUUUACGAUGCCUUACAGAAGAAAUACCUGAAGACGCUUCUAUUCUGUGUGUGCGAAUCAUUGGAUGGACCAAUGAUUGAGGAAUAUGCAUUUUCGUUUAACUAUUCGGAUUCUGACAAGCAAGAGGUUUCCAUGAAUAUCAACCGCACUGGAAGCAAAAAGCAAGGGGGGGCCUUCAAGUGUAACUCGACUACAGAUAUUACUCCCCAGCAGAUGAGGAGUUCUGCUUGUAAAAUGAUAAGAACUCUAGUUCAGUUGAUGAGAACUCUGGAGAAAAUGCCUGAAGAGCGUACCAUUCUGAUGAAGCUUCUCUACUAUGACGAUGUGACGCCAACAGAUUAUGAGCCUCCUUUCUUCAGGGGCUGCACAGAAGAAGAAGCGAAUCAUCCUUGGAUGAAAAGUCCAUUGAAAAUGGAGGUCGGGAAUGUAAACAGCAAGCAUUUUGUAUUAGCUUUGAAGGUGAAGAGUGUGCUUGACCCUUGUGAGGAUGACAAUGAGGGAAUCCAAGAUGAUAUGAGCACUGGUGAUGAUUCCAUGCAAAAUAAUGAGUAUUAUGAUACUGACAGUGAGGUUGAUCACUCUCAAGGGGAUCAAUAUAUAGUUGCACCCAUAGAGAAACAGCAAGCACAGGAAGAUAAUGGUGAGAUUGAUGAAGAUACCCAGGACCCGGUUGAAGAUGAGCAACAACUAGUCCGGAUCAAGGAGUGGAUCAACUGUUGUCACCUUGAUACCAUUGAUCUUACUGACGUUCUAUCAAAUUUUCCAGACAUCUCAGUGGUUCUGACAGAAGAGAUCAUGGACAACCUUGUCAAGGAAGGUGUGCUAUCAAAAAUAGGGAAUGACACCUAUGCUAUUAAUAAGGACAAGAAAUCUGAAUAUGAGUUCACCAUUGUGAAAGAAGAAACCGAUGGUCAAAUUCCUCAAGUCUUUGAUAAAACUUUGCAGGUUGAAGAUCUCAUAUACAUGAAACUUUGGUAUAAAUAUCUUCCGAUGGCGUAUGUGUCAGUCACAAAGCUUCAAAGCUCACUCCAGGGAGAAGUAAGCCAAACAGCAGCAAGAAAGAUAAUUGACAAAAUGGCCCGGGAUGGGUUUGUUGAACCUAAAGGCAACAAAAGACUAGGAAAACGUGUGAUCCAUUCUGAGUUGACAGAGAAAAAAUUCAUUGAGGUCCAAAAAGUUCUGAGUGCUGCUGAAGCUAUGGAUGUUGUUCCCUGUGAACCAAAUAGCAAGUCCAAACAAACUGGUCACCCUAUAAAUGGAAGCAACCGCGACGUCUCAACAUGCGGUGCUCUCCACUCCAUUGGAUCAGAUUUAACACGAAUGAAAGUGACAUCUGAUACAAAUAAUACUGAAACCUGGAGUGGACCGAAAAUGCUAAAGGCAAAAGAGCCAGGGAGCACUCCAACAAGCAGGCCAGUUGCUUCAAGAGAGAGUUUUGCGUACGGCAAAGAGAACAGCACAGCAAAUGGAAAUGGAAUUGCAAAUGAAGGCGACAUCACCGAUACAAUUAUCUGCAGUAGGUCCUCUCAAGACAAACGCCCUAGGAAAACAAGCGCGGUCAAGGAACCUAUCCUUCAAAGUAUGAAGCGUCAGAAAUCUCAGGCUCCGUGAACCUGAUUUAUGGAUUGUUCAGUAUUUGUGGAUGAGACGAACAAAAGCUUAUACGCAUCUUAAUCGUAUAUACCGUACAAUUAAACAUUUGGUAAUCUUACAGUCGCAUAGACAACGCUUUGUUAGAAAGAAAAAAAAAAAAAAAAACUCGUGGUCUGUUUUCAUGGCCCACUCUUCAGUAAUUGGCUUUCGUCUAGUAGUAUUGCAAUUUUUCUUCGUGGUUUUUCUUACAAAUUUUAUUUUAUAAAACGGCUCCCGUCGCCUGAUUUUCCAGCUUCUUCUAGUCGUUGUAGUUUCAUCAUCUUCCACUUCAUUACGCGGGCCCAAGGUUUGUAAUAUACUGUAUUUUAUGAAGUUACUAAUUAUACGUAACUCCAGAUGUUAAAUUCAUUAGAAUUUAAUUAAUACUAGUAAAGUUUGAAAGUUUGAUUGAA